UAAAAGUACCCAUUACUUAAACUGCAACAUGGAGGUUGCUUUAAAAAUAAUUCAAUAGUAAAGUAUAUUUUUCCAAGUAUUUUUUUUUUAGUAAUUGUUCUCCUACUGCAGUUCUUUUUGUAUAUUAUUGAUUAGUAAUACCUGGACAAACACCACAGACACAGAGAGAGAUUUUUGCUAUGUCAACACACUAACCACUUCUGCCACCAUGUGGUCCGUCAUUGUGCGUUUAAGUAAAUCAUUUGGUCGUCUUAGAUGUGACACUGAACUCCCUUCAAGUGGCCACGGAUCUAUAGUUUUUUAUGUUUCUGACCAUUUACUGUGCGAGUCUUCCUUUUUUUUAAUUGAAAACAAAACCUCAAUAUUUCUUCUCAAAUAAAGCCUUAAAAUUGCUUUUAUUAAUAAAUUAAAUAAAACAAAACCCAAAGUUGAGUGAAAACAUAAAAUAUCAGAUACUGGCCAUGAAUAAAAAAAAAUAAAUAAAAACUUGUAGAUCAGUAGCUAAAUUAAUCUAUUUAAAAAAACCCUUUCCUUCAGGGGUUAGCAGAGGAAAGAUUCCUAACAGGAAAACACAGGAAACUUUGUUGUCCCUCGGAGGGUGUGCUCUUUAAAAGUAAUUCCUUCUUCAGCCCCCACCUAUCUGCUGCGAGGGUUCAUAGGUCACUGUUGUCUCAUGUUUAUAAACAGUGAUCUGUCAACAGCCGUGAAGCGGGCUUGUAACCACACUCAACGUCUGCGGCUCAGCGUCUGAACGCCAUCGUUCACUCUUUGGCCUAUCUCAAUUUAACACGCCGCUCAUUCAGGGACACGUGGGGGGGACAAGAAGUGAAGGGGACGAUGCGAGUCCACAUCCACACCAAGUUCUGCUUCCUGUGUGUGCUCACGUUUCUCUUUCAUCAGUGCAACCAUUGUCACGCAGAAGGUCACGACCAUCAGCACAAUGGCCGCCACCACGCCGACCACAGCCAAGCCCACAGCGACCUGCAGAUUUCUGAAGCUCCCUACACCAAAGGAGCGACUCCUUCUCCUCAGUUCCAGGGUCCUCAAGGGGACACCCUAGAGGAGGAGCAACUCUACUACAUCCAGCAGCUGUUCAGGCGUUACGGUCAGAAGGACCGCCUGGAUUUCAAGGGUUUUCAGAGCUUGCUCUUGAGCUUGGGCCUGGGUGAAGUGAAGCUGGUGGAGGUGGAGCACGAAGACCUCGGUCACGACCACGUAGCCCACCUCGACGUGCUGGAUAUGCAGGAAGGACUUCACUCACACUCAUCCACCGACGAUGAUUACGAUCACGAUCACGAUCAUUCCCAUCACACGCCUGACUCCGAUCAUCUGCCCACGGAGCAAACUUCCACAGAGUGCAGCCAGACUGGUUCACCUUCAGUGGACGACCAUAAACACGACCAUAAACACGACCACAACCACGGUCAUGGUCAUGGUCAUGGUCAUGGUCAUGGUCAUGGUCAUGGUCACGGUCAUGGUCAUGGUCAUGGUCACAGACAUAGACAUGAUGUAGUAGCUCAUCACGACCAUGCCAAGGAUAAGGAUGGGAACCAUAAACAUUCUGAUGACCAUGAUCAUCAUAAUCACACUCACCAAACAGAGCACAAACAUGAUCACAAUGACACGGGUCCCCAACCUGAUGGUCAUUUUCACCAUGGCGACCAUGACAACCAUGACGACCAUGACAACCAUGGCAAGGACCAAAAUGACAUUCAGGGUUUACAGCCCAGGACAGACCCGCCCCCCAUUAACCAGGAGCAGCUGCCUUCAGUAAACCUGCCCGUCUCCCCGGCCCCCCCGGAGAAUCAGACGGAAAGUCGGACUAAGAAGCCCAGAAAUAGAGGACACCGAGGGCGCAACAAGACCACCUCCGUCGUACCCCAGUCUGACCACCAUGACCACAAACAUGGACAUGGACACAGCCAUUCCCACAGGGACAAGAGAGAAGCUCCGGCAGCACCGGCAGAGCCCACAGUGAUGGCCCCCCCGAUGCUGCCGGGACAUCCCAGUGGCUCAUCACACCAGCAUGAAGAGUGUUUGAAUCUGACCCAGCUCCUCGACUACUACGGUCUGAGUCCGCACUCGCUCAUCUCACCCAGCCAGUUCACCUACCUGUGCCCCGCCCUCCUCUACCAGAUCGAUAGUCGGGUCUGCAUCCGCCAUUACCACCAGAUGAACGUGGAGCAGGAGGCUUCGGAGAACAUCAGUGCUGUCUGGAUCUGGGGCUCGGGCUUCGUGUCCAUCACCAUCAUCAGCCUGCUCUCUCUGCUGGGCGUGGUUCUGGUGCCCAUCCUCAACCAAUCCUGCUUCAAGUUCCUGCUCACCUUCCUGGUGGCGCUGGCAGUGGGGACGCUGAGCGGGGACGCCCUCCUCCACCUGCUGCCCCACGUGAGUAGAACCAAGAGUAGAACCCAGAGUAGAACCCAGAGUAGAACCCAGAGUAGAACCCAGAGUAGAACCCAGAGUAGAACCAAGAGUAGAACCCAGAUUUGUGUCAACUUCCUGUUCAUCAUCGAACACUGCAUUGGCAUGUUCAAACACUACAAGGACCAGAGAAGCCUAAACAAAGCCAACAAGGAGGGGAUGAUCGGCAGGAAGUUGUCGGAUCACAAGUUAAGUCACCGCUCUGAUGGAGAGUGGCUCCACCUGAAGCCCCUGAAUGAAGACCCCGACGGCACGGCCGUGUCAUUUGACAACGGCUACAACGACACGCAGCUGACAGACCCACAGACUCCGGACUCUGCCGCCAACAGGACGCAGCAGGAACUGCAGUCACCCUCGAGGGAAAACGAACGCAAGGUCAAGAAGCAGGGUCAAUGACACUCGCACGGACACGGACACGGACACGGCGGGAACUGCCACUCGGACCAGGAGAUGAAGGACGCUGGGAUAGCCAGCAUCGCCUGGAUGGUCAUCAUGGGCGAUGGCAUGCACAACUUCAGCGACGGCCUGGCCAUAGGCGCGGCCUUCAGCGCCAACCUGACGGGAGGCAUCAGCACCUCGGUGGCCGUCUUCUGUCAUGAAUUACCUCAUGAACUCGGUGACUUCGCGGUGCUACUGAAGGCUGGGAUGUCAGUAAAACAGGCCAUCGUCUACAACCUGCUGUCCGCCCUCAUGGCCUACAUUGGCAUGAUGAUUGGCACGGCUGUGGGCCAGUACACUCACAAUGUCACCAACUGGAUCUUCGCCGUCACGGCCGGCAUGUUUCUAUAUGUGGCUCUGGUGGAUAUGCUUCCUGAAAUGCUCCACGGAGACAGUGAGGAGCACAAGCGCUGCCAGCUGGGCCACUUUGUCCUGCAGAACCUGGGCAUGUUGACCGGGUUCACCAUCAUGCUGCUCAUCGCCAUCUUUGAAGACCGCAUCGUCUUCGACUUCGGAUUCUAAGAGAAGAAGAAACCUGCUGAAAUGUCAAAAAAAAAAAAAAAAAAAAGCAGCGGUUCUUCAUCCACAUCUCGUGACUCGGCUUAGUGAUGUCUCCACUCGGCUCCACCGUCUCGUCCGCCUGUCAAUCAUCAUUAGUCUAUUUCCUGGGAACAAGGCUACAGUCGGACUGUACCUCUGCUCCAUCCCAUAAUAAUAAUUUAAAAAAAAAAAGCUGAGCUGUGAUUGGUCAGCUGCUGCUGACUCAGCUCAUGAUGUCAUCAUCAUCACCGUCACCUGUAAUGUCGUCCUUGUCCUGGUGGUGUCUCAUUCAUCCUGCUGUCGACUCCAUCAUCGCCUUCUGUCUCUAUCAUCAGACUAGUGGCGAGCCCCGGUCACUGCAGCCGCAGCCCGAGCUUCUGUCAGAGGUUCUCAGGUUGGAGAGUCAAACCAGGACGGAGCGGUGACCGGGUCAGAACUGAUCAGACUAGUUCUUUACUUAGUGAUCGAGUGGCGUUAAUAACACAGUGCCACACGGUGGUGGAGAAGAGUACUCUUCCACUUCCUCCACUGUCCUUCAGAUUCUCUGGACUGGUCAGUGUGAACGGCCGUUCACUCUAAAUUGACCGUUGGUGUGAAUGGUGUCUAUGAUCAGUGCUGUGAUUGGCUCUCAGCCCGCGAAGGUGAAAAAAUAACCAAACAAAAACAAACUUAAAAUCUUUGGAGCUUCCGCCGCAAGUCAACGAAUUGGUACCGAAUUAACAACUAAAUUACGCAAAGAAUAUUUAACGUGAGUUUUAUGAAACUAAAACCUGAUUAACAUCUAAAAACAGUUUGUUUGUUUUUUCAAUUUAAUUUCUUAAAACUGAAAAUCUUAGUUUUUUUUUUGGAGACCAGUCAGUAUUUUCAGGACAAUCAGUGUAGAACUGUAGUUUAUCGUAGUAUCGGUUCUAGGUGAAACGCAGUAUUUGGUUUGUUUAGGUUUUGUAGAACUGUCGUUCAGGUACUGUUGACCGACGACACGUUAGCUUGCUUGCUAGUAAACUAGCCGUCAUUUGUUUGACCAAUGAAGAUGGAGGAAAUUAAAUUAACCCUCGACCUACAUGACUUAGAGCGCCCUCUGCUGUGGCACUUGUUAACCACUUCAGACAAUCUAAGUGGGGUUUUUUUUUCUCUUUUAAAUAUUUGUAGUAAAUAUAAAAAAAUGAGGGACUUCUUCAAAUAUAAAUUGUCGGUUUUUCACCCAUCUGGAAUUUAAGCAAUUACGUUUGAAUGUAGUUGUUCGGAAAACUAGUCCACUGCUGUGACUUAGCGAUACACGACCGUUGGCUGCAACGUAGCCCAGUUCAGAAAUCCAAAUCCAAAUACUCUUGAGUAAAUAUUGCGUACAAAUUUAUGCCUUGAAGUUUUGCGUUAACAGAUUGCAGUGGGGUCGCGUUCUGUUGCCACGGUUGCCACGGUGAAGAACCCGUUCUGUUGUUGUUCCUCAGGAACGCUAACAAAGGCUGAGUCGUCACGUCGGUGCUGGUAUCACAAAGUACUGUAACCUCACAAGGUCCAAUCAGAACUCAGCACCUCAACAGAUCUGGUUCCCUCUGAUUUUUUUUUUUUUUUUUUCUCCCUCUUUUUUGACCACCGUAAUGGAACGGAAUGGAUGUCAGUCCUUAGUCCAGACCACGGAUCAGGUCGUGACCUGGUGUCUGAAGUGUUCCUUAUUUGUCUUAGAACUUUUUGACCUACCCUUCCUACCACAUAUUCAAAUUUAAAAUCAGCAUUCCUUACACCUGUCGUGUCAAUUCUUUUUUUAAUCAUCGUUUCAUUUUUUUUUUUUUUUUUUUUAUAUAAUCAGCAUUCCUCUCUGUCCGCGGUUCUGGACGGUCAUUGUCAUCAAAUGUGCCAAGUUUUGGAUCCAAGCGUGAGACUUCAGUGGCAGGUGCUUGACACUAACUACCCCGCGUCCCCCCUCCAUUUGCUUGCCCCCCCCCAACAUUCCGUUUGUUAAUGUGCUUAAAGUGCCGGCGUGCACAGAUUAACGCUCGUGUGUGUCUUUAUUUAUGCUGUCACUGUGUGACGUCCGUCGUCCACGUCUCUUGGUGGAUCGUUGUCAUUGGUCAGCUCACGGAGCUCAUGGAGUCAAACAGUAAUAACGUCGUGUUUAGUGUAAAAAACGUUUUUCUAGUUUUCUCUCAGUAUUGAAGAGUUUUUGUUAAUUUUUAAAUGAAGUGAACGUGAAGAGCGUUCGGAUCGUUUUAAACAUCGGGGACUCGCUGUCGGGUCGAAACUGAACUGUGAACGUAGAAGUGAGGAGGUGUUUACUGCUCACGGUACCAGAACUCCUCAAACCCAGAUGAACUCUCAGCUCCAUGGUCACAUGGUCUGCUGUUGAACUUGAAUUCUCGACCUGUGCCGUUCUCAAAGCUGCUCUUCAUUUGGAUCUUUCGAUUCUUCGGUUCUUUAUUUGAACCAAUGCUGUUUCUCUGCCACUGCUGUAAUUUAAUCACACUGUGGGGAGAUUCUGCUCUUCUAUGACGUGAGGCGGCCAAUCAGGAACCUUCUUUCUUUGCAGAACAACAAGAGCUGUCACGUGACGACGGUCCGUUUGUUCUCAGCUCUGCUUCAGACGUCUGUACAUUUGUCCAAUCAUCUGAAUAUGAAGUGUAUCAUGUGACAUUCAUGCUGUUUGCCUGUUGGUACGCCCCCUCUCCACUGAGGGGGGGGGGGAAUAAAAUCAGUGAAAAACUUCACUGGUGUCUGAGGA